AUGUCUUCAGUUGAUCUGUACGAAGUACUCGGUGUUCCCAGUGAUGCGGAUGAGCCUUCAAUCGAACGGGCUUUCAAGGACCUAUCUCUAAAGCUGCAUCCAGACAAAGCGAACGUAUCGACGGCCCCCAGUGUUGAAACGGAGGCAGAGCGGAAAGUUCGCGAGCAACACAACCACGAACAAUUCGUCAAAGUUAUGGAUGCACGUACUAUUCUCACCGAUCCGGUGAAGAGGAAGUCUUAUGAUCGAGAACGACGAUUGAUAAAGCGCUCAGCAGAUAAGGCUGAACAUUCAAGCAGCACUAGACGUCAAAAGGUUAGGACUGAUAACAGAGAAACAGUCAAGCGCCUCGAGAGUCUAGAUCUCGAGCUGAGAAACCUACUCAGUGUAUAUCGUGAACUUACACCGCGGCGGUAUCAGUCCUUAUGGCUCCCAACCCACUCAGAAAUCGAGUCGCUAUUUAUACGCGUUAUUUGCAUUCAUGUUGAGGUUACUAACAAAGUGACCAAAAAGCCUCCUUCGACUUACACACCCAGUACUGACAAGCCGGUUCAAAGAGAGGCGAAUGUACAUAUCUCGCUUAUUGGCGCUCUAAUUGCAGAGUUAGAUGCGACACUGACCCAACGUAAGACAUAUAUGGCUAGUGACACUUUUUAUUGUGCCCUAGAUGCUUCUUUCAAAAAGUUCUUAGACUCGUAA